AUGCUUCUUUCGCUGAUUAAUGUUAGAAUCUUUGUGGCCAAUUUUGCAAGUAACAAAAUGCAAAAGGAAUGGUUGCUAAAUCAACAGAGAACUGAACUUAGUUUCCGUGAAUGUAGUGCUUCAACGGCCGACCUCCCAAAAGUAUGUGCUAUUUUAUCAGGACAAAAGACAAAAAUUGAGCAAAAGCUGAUACAGAAAAACAUAUAUUCAUACGGACAAGAAUUAUGGGUACAUUUUACAGCAAAAUCGACAAUCCAAAAAAUACCAUCAGAAAUUUACUUCACAGCAUAUGAUAAUUUGGAGAACAGCAUAUUUUCUGCUGGUUUAUCCUUUUUCCAAGCCAGUCUUGCGUUUUUCAAUCACUCAAGUUCAUCAACUUUUAAAACGUUCAUUUGGAACCCAGAAUAUACUCAUUCAAUUGAUGUAGCAGUUAAACGUGAUGGAAAUACCAGUUUGUUUGUUGAUAACAAAUUAGUAAUGCAAACAAAAUUUGCUUAUAUUAAUUCAAUUGAUUCAAUUACCUUUACUGUUCUGAAUGGAUACAAGGAAAUUGAAUUUGGAAACAUAAUUAUUGAUAGUGACCCUUCACAAAUGGUCGAACAAAAUAUUCAAGAUGUUUUUGUCUUCAGAAACCUUGAAAAAGAGCAACUGGUCCAAGAAAAGAUACAGAACCUUGCAAAAACACUAUUAGAUUAUAACUACAAGUCUCAAACACCUACUGAAUUAAAAGAAAAGCAUACUCCAUCAGGCUCGGCCGAUCCAAGAAGAUUUAUCUUUCCAUUCCAGAUAGGAUAUGCUGGAUCUAAAAAGGAAGGAUAUUUUAGACCAAAUGAAGAUGAUGAUACAUCUGAUUCUGAAGAUGAUAGCAAAGUAUUCUUCGAGCUAUAG